CUUUGUCAGCGCGGAAAGUCAGUCAGCAAGAACUCCGAGCACGUCAUCUCACGGACCCUCAGCGAACACAAGUACUGUUACUUCCGCUCACUAAUUGACUUCACCACUAUCUCUCAGCUUUCAUCACCAUGUCAUCCGCGGAGCCCGACAAAGUUAGUGCCACUCUCAUGUACUAUUCUCCUCCAUUGGAUGGUUCCAAGCCCUACAACAACAUCAACGCGGAUUCCUCAACCGGAAAGUUAAAACGCAACUACGGUGACGAGCCGCACGAGGUCGAGAUCGAGAACCUCCGUGGAAGGGAGGACUCGGUGACGCUGGAUACGGCGGGCUUUCAGUUCUUCCGCCGUGCGUCAUCACACAAGGACUUCACGGAUGAUAGGGCGAUCGAGGCGGAGUACUAUCCGGAGAGCAUCGCACUCGUCAAGGAGCUCAUGGGCGCGAGCCGUGUGGUUCCCUUUGACCACACUAUCCGCCGCCGUCGCCCAGGCGAGGUCGAUGACGCGCCCAACAAGCGACAGCCAGUCCCGCUGGUACACGUCGACCAGACCACCGCGUCCGCCAUUGCUCGCGUACACCGUCACCUCCCCCCAACUGACGCUCCCGUCCUCGUCCGGCGCCGCUUCCAAAUCAUCAACCUUUGGCGGCCAAUCAAGUACGCCGCGUACGACUGGCCACUUGCGCUGUGCGACUAUCGCUCGGUCGAUCCAAAGGCGGAUCUGGUGCCGGUGACGCUGGUGUAUCCGGACAGGGAAGGCGAGACGCUGGGUGUCAAGUACAACCCAUCCCACAGGUGGAAAUACUUGCGUGGGAUGGAACCUGACGAGCUUGUCUUGAUCAAAUGCUUUGAUUCGAAGACGGAUGACGGGACUGCUCUGCUCACGCCGCAUACGGCGUUCCCUGAUCCGAGCACUCCCGAGGAUGCACCUUACAGGGAGUCGAUCGAGCUGCGCUUGCUGGUGUUCUAUGACUAGAACGUCGUGUGGCAUCGUAUCUGAUAGGCAGUGCUCGCCUUAGACCGUCUGUGUAAUCAAGCAUUUUCGCGCGUCGUUGUCAUGCUCUUACGUUCUUGAACCACUGUUUCGGCUUCUCAUUCAGUGGUGACUCAUCUUGACGAUCCUGUUAUGACAACUUUGGCGACGGAGAUCCUCAAACUUGAAGGACAAAAUGGGAUCUUCCGGCGUUGAAGAUAAGUAUUGAAAUUUACGUCAGUAGCCUCGGCGAGACUCUCCGUCUAGUAAAUGCGACCGCGCAACGUGCGCACUGUGCUCAUGUGGCUUCCCCAAGCCAGGGACUGCUCCUUGGCGUCCAACUUACCAGCGACUCAGCACUUCUGAUAUUGGAAUGGCUGGAUUGCGUUUGGGUUGGCGUAUCCACGACGAAUAACUCGAAGACUUAUACUCAUUCCUAGAC